AUGGAGAAGCCAGCGCUAGGUUCAGAGGUCGACAACAUCCUGCUUCAUCAAUCUUCUCUCCCGGAGCCAGACGUUACGACCGUCGCGUGCGACUAUGACGAGGCCAAGUUCGACGUGUCUACCCUUAACCAGCCGACAGAGCAGACGCAACUGAGGGCUGAUCCAGAAGCUCCCGCGUCAUCCGACCAAGAGCCCCAGCAGCGCAAUGUCGAUGACCUUCAACUCGUCGCCCAGCUCGGCACCAGCCUGGCGCCAAUGAUACAGACUAUAGCGGUUGAUGAGAGUGGAGCGUCUGGCUUGGAUGCGCCGCAACCAAGGGAUGACUUUGAGCCGCAAUCCCACGUUGAACAUGGAGAUAGUGUUGAAGAGAGCGUCGCGGCUAGGGAGGAGUCUAUAGUUCCGCCUGAAGCGCCGGGCCCAGACCUUGAAGUUCCGGACGUUCCUCCGGAAGAAAGCCAGCAGCCUUUGUUGGGGCCUCAGCAGCAAGCUGCCGCGGCUCUCGAGGAGCUGGCCGAAAACCAUGCCCCACAGCAUCAGCCGCAGCAUGAGCACAUCCAAAAUGGUGACAGCUCUGAUCAAGUGCAUGAUCCGCAUGCGCCAACAGAGGGUCAAGAUGUCCAGAUGGAAGAUGCUACCAACCUAACUGAGCAAGGGAGUUUGCACGAACAUGUUCUUCCCAUGACUCCCCACCACCAUGAAGCUGCACCACAUCAGAUGCCCCCUCAUCAGCACCAGGGCCUUCCAAUGGAUAAUCAUCAUGAUCACCAUCACAUGAAUGGUCAGAUGAACCAACAGCAGAUCAUGGCGCAGCCCCAUCCGCACCAGCCCCACAUCCAAUCCCCAAUGCAGCCUCCGUACGUCGAUGGGCCUCAGCAGUCUCAAAUGCAUAUGCCGGCGCAACUGCAGAUGUAUGCUGGUUCUCCGGAUAAUGGUGUACCGCCUAGGAAGCGCUCAAAAGUGUCAAGAGCAUGUGACGAAUGUCGUCGUAAAAAGGUCAAAUGUGAUGCAAUAUCGGAGACGGGUGAGACGGCAUGCUCAAACUGUCGCCGGUCUCAGAUACGCUGUGACUUUAGCCGUAUUCCUCAGAAGCGAGGUCCCAGUAAGGGUUAUAUCAAAGAGUUGGCCGACAGGAUUAACUCUAUUGAAGGCAAGCUGGGAAAUCAGGGGUUGACAGCGAGCGACAUCUUGGACUUUGCAGGCGGCCCAAGACGAGAAUCUUCGGAACAUCAGUCCCCGUCAGCACCACUUAACGACAGUGCAAAGCGCCCCUUCUCCAGCAUAUCUACAGAUCCGUUUUCUACUCCGGGUUCAAACAAGCCGCCUGCAACCACCUGGUCCUCGGAACCGAGACCUCUCCAGCCGUAUCCACCGCCAACUACUGCUGCAGAAGGCCAGGGACAAAAACAUGCCUACUCGGCUAACAGACUUGUGCCACCCUUGGCUCCAGCUCCGCCGCCACCCGAACCUCCCCUCUUAGCCCCUGGUCCUCUACCCGUCUCUGCGCCAACAAAUACCGAUGGAAUCCCAGCGGCGAUUCAGCAGCCAGAUAAGCUGAAUGUCCGCGAGAUUGAUGAUAAUGUCUUUCACGGAUACCUUACCAUUGUUCACCCAACGUUUCCUUUUCUUGCCAGCGUCAAGACGGUGGUUCAAUCUACACUGGCAAGAUGUCCGCCCUUGCUGCGUGAGGCUUUUCUUGAGGCGAUCACAUCGACGAUGCAAUCGUUCAAUGCGAUGCCAGAGGGUGUCGCCGCGGGUGAUGCGCGCCGUGCAGCCAGGUUGUUAGUUCAGUGGAAGACGGAAAGUGCUCAAAAUACGCUCAGUGACGAGAAUCAGUACACUGCCAAACUGGUGCACCUUCAGGUCUUGCUUCUCCUAGCUAUCGAGGCUGAAAACCACGGGGUGGCUGCCUUGGAUGGUCAACACGGCGGCUCUUCCCAAGCGGCCUUCCUUGCACAUGCUGUGGCAGUAUCAUACGAUAUGGGGUUACGCACCGCACAGAUGGAUGACUUUUCACAACCAGAUCCGGACCCGGAGUCACAUUACAUGGUUUCUCUGCGGGCUUGGUGGAGCCUUGUUGCUUUGGACCGUUUCAACGCAGCUGGCACUGCAAGGCCGUUGUUGAUUCCGCAGAACUGCAUCCAUGCUACAUGUGCCCUCAAAAUCCUGCUUGGUGACGCAGGUUUUCACUUUAUCGGACUUUGUCACAUACUGGGUAACUACGUCGAAACCUUCAUCUCCUCUCCAAGCGGUCUUAACACAGCCGUACCCUAUAAUGAUGCGCCACCAAUCAACGCCUCGGCCGUCUCGCUUGGCAUGGACAUUUGGAAGUUGAACUUCCCUGCUACUAUAAUAACGCCGAAAUCACAUCCUGUUCUUCACUUUGCGUUCUGGCACUGUCGCCUACUCACAUGCCUACUCACACCAUCUUCCACAGCGACGGAGCUUCUAUGGGCAACAGUGGGCCUGAUACAACAGCUGAGCUCUAAUCACCUAGCUCUCAGCCCACUGAAUCAUCACGUCAAUGGUCUCGCUGGUCUCUGCCUCGCGGAGCUCAGUCGCGUAUCCCAGACGAGGGGAGACUCUAUUGAGUUGAUAGCAAACGAUCUCAUGGGGGGCAGCAUGGCCCCGUCGACGUGGGACAAUAUAAUACGCGCCAAGGUGUCGUCCAUGGAUGACACCACUGCUGGCAACCCGGAGUCGGUAGCACAAGCAGGAGACUCAGCCGCCGCAGCGCCGACAACUGCUGCAGGGGCUACCGCCAGUCAAGGUCUCAAACACCUCGCCGACCUGGCAGCCGCCAGCACUGAUCUGGCCGAGGCCAACAACACUACCGCCGCCGGUGAGCCGGAUCCAAACGCGCGGGACGAGGCACUCAUGCACCUGAUGAGGAGGCUACAGGGAGCUAGAAACUAUGAAGACCUUGGAUUCGAUCCACGCCCGAUGCUGCGGAAGGGGUAUCUUUACGCCUUGCAGGUAUAGGCAAAUCAAUAAGGUAGCAUUUUUUACUCCAAAAUGGCCUCGCUUUUACUGGUUUAGGAUUCAAAAAUUCACUUCAUGUUGUAGAGGUGGAGAAGGGCAGAGGAGAAAAAAAAGUGGCCUUGAAUAAUGUAUUUUAUAAAGUCAUACCACGCACACGAGGCAAAGUAGUUCCUUGGUGCUGUGUUAUAUAUACUACAGGGUGUGCCUGGCACUCUUUGUUUGAAGAUUUGGGGCCUUAUCACACCUUCUUUGGCAAUGGCUCUUAUAAUGCUUCCUGAUCCCUGGUAAGGGACUUAAUAAGGGAUGGGCGCAGUUAUUGAAGUGCCAGUUGGUGCCUUGGUUCGGUGAGAGUCAAAGCGCAACUUCGCCCUUGGGUGAAGUUGGUAGUCAUCUGCGGACAACCAGAUGUGGCAGAUCCGCAUCCCUUGAUGCACUGAACCUUUUCUUUUUUUUUUUUUUCUCUC